CCUCCAUCGGCCUCACAGCACUCACCACCCCGACUUACAACCAGCGCAAGUGUCUUGUAAAAGACCACCAAGCAAGAAAAAGGCGAGCAGAAAAGCACGGUUCCACCUGUAAUUUUCAUUUUUCCUACCCCCCCCCAAAAAUUCAAGCAUGUCCCUGGACCCAUUUGACGACGUCCUCACUCUCGAGGACCAGUUCUUCGCCGAGGGCUACCGCCAGGGCACCGAAGACGGCAUCCAGGCCGGUAAGAUCGAGGGCCGCUCCGUCGGCCUCGCCAAAGGUUACGAGAAAUUCCUCGAGAGCGGCAGGAUACACGGCCGCGCCGUCGUGUGGGCGAACCGGCUGUCCUUGCCACAGAAGGGCACCUCCUCCACCUCAUCCUCCGCCGCCGCCGCCGCCACCGCCGCCGCCACGAGGCCUUCAGACUCUUCGUCGCAGCAACAGCAGCAGCCAAAGGCCUGCUCCCUUCCACCACUGCCGCCCAACGCAAGGCUUGAGAAAAACGUCACGGCUGCCUUCGCCCUCGUUGAGCCCGACACGCUGGCCAGGGAAAACAGCGACGAGGCCGUCAACGACUUUGACGACAGGCUCAAGAGGGCGCAGGGCAAGGUCAAGAUCAUCGAGCGGAUGACGGGCGAGGUCGCCGCCGAGCCCAAGGCGGCGACAGAGGCCAAGGGGCUUUAGUACUGUUUCGUU